AAAGCGGGUGACGGGCUCAGUUCGUCGUCGUCUUUAAUAGCUUCAUCGAUUACCCACGUAAAAUUUAGUGUUACAUAUUUGAAAUCUUUUGAAACGUGGUAAAAAUCGCAAAUCAACAUUACUUUUAUAAUCGCGCGAAUGUAUCGUUCGGCCGUCUCUUAAGAAUUUUCAUUUGGCUGUGCUCACGGUCGACCAUGUCGGCUUGUGUCACGCCAAUCAAAAUUGAACGUAACCUCAAAAAAUGUACUAAUAUAUAGGGGUAUAUAGAGGAUCACCACUUUAUGAAAGAAUUAUAAUAAUGUAGCAAAUUAUAGCACUCAUAUUAUUUUUCUAGCAUUAAUUUAAGAUGGUUUGGACCGAUCAGAUGGCAACAGAAUCUAUUCAAAUACCUAUUAGUAGAUGAUGGUGGAGCUCACUACACUACGCUGACUACAUUGGAACAAUCUUUUACCAUUUUUGGAUUAACCCAAGGAAUAAAUAUAAAGUGGACAAAAAAGCUUGCAUUUAUCCAUAUUGAAUUAAAUGACGAUGGAUAUAAAUGCUGUUGGAGAAGAUGAUAUAUCCUUCCGACUUGGCGAAAUGUUUGAUAGUUAUGAACAGCUAGAACAAAAAUUAGAGAAGUUCUCUAAACGUUGUCUUGUGCAUUAUUGGAGGCGAGAUAGUAGAACUGUUAGUGGAGCACAUAUGAAGACAGCCCGACCCAUUAGUGAACGAUUAAAGUACUAUUCCGUCAAAUAUGCUUGUAUAUAUGGUGGUCAAAAGUUUUUGCCACGAGGAGUUGGCAGAAGACAAUCCCAGUCUAUCCGAACCAAUUGUCCAGCUCAUAUUAUGCUUAGAGCCUCAAAAGAUGGAACCAAAUUGGAAGUCACGAGUGUAAAUAAUGAGCACAACCAUGAAAUUUCAGAGGAGCUUUUUAAAAACCUUCCACAAGAGCGUAAACUUUGUGGAGAAAUUAAACAGGAAGUUCAAGAUCUCAUGCAACUUCAUAUAGAUCGCAAGAGACUGAAAGAGUAUGUUCGUUUACGUACAAAUAAAGUUCUGAGAUCUAAAGAUUUAUUUAAUAUAGCUGCAGCUAACAAGCAGAAACGAGAAAUCACACCCAAAAGGGCAUAUCAACUUUUCAAAAAAAUUCAUGAUAUUGAAAAGUUGCAAGGUAGGGACCAUAACAUAAAAAUAUAUUCAGAAUCUGAAGAUGAAAUUGCUCAAACAAUUAAAAGAAUGAAGACAGAGCAAGAAUCACCUUGGGGCCAAGAUGGUUUGUCUGUUGAAUUAGAAGGAAGUGAAGGAAAUGAUGGUGAAGAAACUUAUGGUGCACAACUAGCACAAGAGGAUACAGUGGAUGAAAUAGAUGCAUCUGAAGAUCCUUUAUUGAGAACUGAUAACGAUGGAGAUAUAAUAUCUGCUAAUGGAGAAAUAGUUGGAGAACUUGUCAUGGAAGAUGGAGAUCCUUCUGUAAUUGUAGAAUCCAUUGUGAAUGCUGAUGGUUCUGUCUUUGUGGAUGAAAGGGAGUUUAACCCUUACUGCAAUAACCAUUUAGCACACACUGUGCACGGCAGCCAAUCUCCUACUUCUCAAGUUAUAGACAUCCAAAGUAUCACACCAUCAACUGAAGUUAGAAAAAUUACCAGAAAGAUAUCUACUUCUCCUUCUUCGGUACAUCAGAGUAGAUCUUUAUCCCCUGGAUCACAGCUUACAUCGAAAUCACCAAAUACCUUUCAUGAUUCUUCAGAUUCUAGAAUCUGGAUAAUGAAAGAGGCCACUAAAGCUGAAGCAGAACAAGAUAGUUGUCUUGAAAGUGAAACAAAUAGUUUAAAAAACUCAAGAUUAUCUAAAACAGAAACAGAUGCUGUUGAAGUAGUGUUAUCAGAAGAAACCAGCCAUCGACUUUUACAGGAACAAUUAGCAGUGCUUAAAGCAGAGCAAGGAAAAUUAUAUCAUGAAACGGAAAUGUUGAAGCUGAAGAAGGAUAAACUGAAGUUACAAAUGAGUUGUUAUACAAAUGAAAUUAGAAAACAAGAAAUGGAAAAGGAAAAACUUAGGCUUGAGAUAAAAUUACUUAAAUCAAAAGUUAUGGAAGAUACGAACGAUGUCUCUCAUUAUAUUUUUGUACCCUGAGCUCACCUUAAUACUGUACAUUGAAACAGUCUAGCUAGUCCUGGUUUUCGUAUGUAUAUAAUGAAGUAUUAAUGCACAAGUGUUAAUUAUUUAAUUGCAUAUUGUGCAAUGGGUUCAACAAACUAAGACGUGUAUCGACAACGUGAAACAUGUUAAAGAAUGUUCUUAUAAUUACCAGACAUGGUAGCACCUUCUGUUUUGUUUAAUUUAUAUUUAAUACUUAUAAAAAGAUAUGAACAUGGCCAAAAAUUCAUUGACAAACCUGUAAAUUGUGCAGUUAAUACUGCACAAUAAACGGCGUAUAUUAACGGUAAAUAUGAAUUUUUUGUUAUAAUGUAAUAAAUAUGAUUUUAAGCAAGGAAACCGACCACCAUCAACAAGAAACAUGCGACU